UGUUUUUAUUAUUAUUAUUAUUAUUGCCAGUAGUCAGAGUAGGCUAUGUUUGCAGCGUUACCAGAGGUAAAAAAUAAAAAAAUUAAAAAACCUGGACAGCGGUUGUCGGGGAUCGGUGAUGCGCAUGCGCACAAGCCUCACAUAUCCAAACACAAGAGACGCGCUCUGGACACGCACCUGAACUAAAACUAAGCGCCGGUGUUCUGUCCUCUACCAUCCACCUGCGGAGUCUGCGAGUCUGAAAGUACUUCGGAGAGCUGGUAAAAUGCGCAAAGUCAAGUAGAUAUGAACAACAAAAGGAACUAAAACAAAUCACCAAGAGGAUUAAAUAGUAACACAGUACCCGGCAGUUAGUUAUGUCUUUAGAGGAAAUGUUGACCUCCAUCGCAGAGGAAAAGACCGCGUCCAAUGAGUCGUGGGAGAACCGGAGCUCACCGGACGCGCGCGAGGAGUUGUUUUGGCACGCUGGAGUCGCGAUCGCAACCGCGUACGCGCUGAUCAUCGUAGUGGGUCUUAUAGGCAACCUGACGCUCAUCCGCACAUUCUGCGCCGUCAAGUCCAUGCGCAACGUCCCCAACUUGUUCCUGUGCAGCCUUGCGUUCGGCGAUGUGCUGCUGCUUGUUACGUGCGCGCCCGUGGACGCCAGCCGGUACCUGUCCGACGAAUGGCUCUUCGGUAGAACAGGAUGCAAACUGAUCCCGUUUAUCCAGCUCACGUCCGUUGGUGUGUCAGUAUUCACCCUCACCACUCUGGCAGCCGACAGAUAUAAAGCCAUCGUGAAACCCAUGGAUAUCCCAACGUCCCACACCACAGCUAAGAUCUGUUUGAAAGCUUCUGCUAUUUGGCUCUUGUCCAUGGUUCUGGCCAUCCCCGAAGCCAUUUUCUCUGACCUGCAUACCUUUCACCUCACACAGACCAAUGAAACCUUUAAAACAUGCGCCCCAUAUCCCCACGCAGGAGACCUGCACCCCAAAAUCCACUCCAUGGCCUCUUUUCUUAUAUUCUAUGUAAUCCCCCUUUUCAUCAUUUCUGUGUACUACUUCUUCAUCGCUAGGAGCCUGAUUAGGAGCACAAUUAAUUUGCCAGUCGAGGGGAAGAUGCCCAUUAGGAGACAGAUGGAGUCAAGGAAGCGGCUGGCUAAGAUGGUGUUGGUGUUCGUGGGUCUGUUUGCUAUCUGCUGGCUCCCCAGCCACGUCAUUUACCUGUACCGCUCCUACCACUACUCUGAAGUGGACACCUCCAUGUUGCACUUUGUCACCAGUGUGGCUGCCCGCAUCCUGGCGUUCACCAACUCGUGCGUCAACCCAUUCGCCCUCUACCUGCUGAGCAAGAGUUUCCAGAAACAGUUCAACAAACAUAUCUGCUGCUGCUGCCCUCCGCUGCCACUGCACCUUCACAGUGUGGUGCGCAGCAACACACGCAUGAGCUCACUCAAAAGCACUCAGAAUCACACCGUCGCCAGCUUCAGUCUCAUCAAUGCCAAUCAUGGCUGUCACGAGGGUUCUGUGUGACGGUGCUUUCUGAAGAGCGUCAGUCAUUUUUCUUCUUAUUCAGUGUUCAUGAAUGGUCAGUGUUCUUGUUGGUUGCUACUGUAUUGUAUUAUUGUCUUGAAUAAAUAUUAUGCUUUACAUUCUACACUGGUCAAAAAAACCAGCGAGCAAGUCAGUGCACUGAAAGCAGGAAAGCUUUUCAGCCCGUAUUUCCACAACGCAGGGUUUUUGCGCAUAGUUUUCCUGAAUGCUGUUAUACGAGUCCACGCUGCUCAAUGAUGGACUUUCUUCACAUGAACUUCACGCAGUUGGUAGAAUGUUUUCCAUUUGUGCUCCUGUAGUAGAUACUAAAUAACAGUGGAAGUGUUUACAUUCAGUGUUUUCGUAAUGUUUAAAAUGUUUUGGAUUUAGAUGCUGAUAUUGGUGUCUUGGUGUGUUAAUACAUUAUGUUAAUGAACUAA